GACACGUAGUACAAAAUGAAAACAACCCUUUUGCUGACGCAAUUGAGGUUAUGGUUAUACUUUGAUAUGGAUCACCAUAGUUACAGAAACAUUGUGUCGCUAAAUGUUCGAUUGAUAGUUUAUUACCAGCAAUCUUUGUUAAUCAAUUAAGCGUGUAUGAAUAGGGGUAGUAACAGAUUGUAGUGAGACUCUAAAUCAAUUAUUUUUCCUCUAUACUUCAUUCAAUGUGGGGAAGUUUUCUUCAAUUAGAGGUGUUUCUAACUCGUUAUAAAGUUGGUGAUUGACUUAAUUCCUGUCAUGAUGAGCAUCAAAAGUUUUCUCUUUUUAUAUUUUUUUACUCUUCUGUUGUUUUCUUGCCAAGGAGUAGCUGACGAUGCGAUCAAUGUUGAAGAGGAGGCAGAACCAUUCGUACCAACUAAUGAAUGGCAGACAAUCAAACCAAAUCAAGCCAUACCGAAAGGAUUGCAUGUAAGGGUCAAUCUACAGACAGGGCUGAAAGAGGCUAAACUUUUGUCGGAGAAAGAAAAUGAGAAAAAAGACACAGGAUCAUUGCUUGUGAUACCUAACGAAGAUACUUCAUCAGCUCCAAGUGAUGAUGGUAAACUGGAUCGUGCAUCUUUAAAGAAAGCAUUGCACAAGAUGAAACCAGAUGAUGUUGUUAGUCUAGAUGAAGAAGCAAAGGAGGCUGCUUCCAAGUACCGAUCCUAUGAUGAAUUGAAAAAGGAAUUCGCUGCAUUGAACUUGACAAUGAAAACAGACCUUGAAAUAAUGGCUGGACUUUUUGAAAGCUAUGAAAAAUUGCUCAUCAUGUAUUCAAAAGUCUCUGAACCAUCAUUGGUGGUAGAGUCCAUGGUAACUGUGCUGACUGACUUGGAAUACCUAGUUCAUCAAAUCGACAAUGCUAAAGAAUUUGUGAAAAGUAAUGGGUUCUCUAAAAUAAUUUUGCCGUCAUUCAACAUAACCUCUCCUACUGUGCGGACUGAAGUGAUGAAGCUCCUUGGAUCUGCAACACAGAGUAAUGCACAGGUACAAAUUGCAGCUCUUGAGGCUGGAGCUGUCAAUUUACUCCUUAGAACUUUUGCCCUAGAGAGAGAACACAAAGUUCGCUCUAGUGCUUUGUACGCAUUAUCCUGUCUGGUUCGACGUUUUCCCACUGCUCAGUUGGAACUGACCAAACAGGGCGGCGUGGCAGUGUUAACUUCUUUAUUUGAGGAGCAUGCUGAAUCAGAAACAAAUCUAAAAUUACAGCUAAAAAUUAUCACUUUAAUACACGAUCUCAUCGCUGAAAAGCAAUUUGCUGCUAAAGACGUGGAAGGAAUUGCAGAUAGCACAGACUUUAAUUCCACCGAUGAAAAGUUAUUAGCCGAGUUGGAGGAAAAGAAGGAAAGAUUACGACAGUACAACUCAGUAGAUUUAGAAAAUAAGCUCAUAGGACAUGGAUGGUGCAACCACUUGAGUCAAAUUUUGAUGGAGCAGAGUUCUGUAACAACUGAUCGCACCGAGCGGAGAGACGAUCUAAGUUCAGCAAUCGCUGACUUGCCCGUACGAUUCGAGCAUGAUGUCAUAGAAAAAAUUCUUGAGUGCUUUGCUGUGCUAUCAAGCAAAUGUCAUAAACAAUUUAGAGAUAAUGAAAAACUGCAUCUGACACUAAAACAUCUGAGCUCAUGGUAUUCUAAUUUAGCAUCAAAGGAAAUUAAUUCCGAUUCAGACUAUUAUACCAACUUAUCCAAUCUAGUCAAUGAAUUAAUGGUUAGGCUGAAUGUUAAUGACGUUUCUGUUUUUACUGCGUUUCCAAAGGAUGAAUUGUAAAUAAACUAGGAAUAAAUUUUAUUAUUUUUUUCUAAA